UUUAGUCCAGAAAGGCAAAGGCUCAUCUCUCAACCCUUCGUCAUUCAAAACAGAGCAAGAACAGUGACGCAAAGCAAUCCACCAUGUCAGAGGACAAUCAAGAUCUCAUUUCCAGUUUACAUUCCCAACUGCACCAUCUGCAAACCAGAGUUAAGGAAUUAGAAGCUGAUAAUGCGAGGCUACUAUCUCGACUCUCGAAUUGUCGAUGUGAAAAGAUAGAGGAGAAGCUUGAUGGUUCUGUUCUAGAUACUGCAAAUUGGAUUGAGAAAAGCGGGAAAAUAGACACUGGAGGUUGCCAGCUCAGGAAAAAGAAAGUAACUGAGAAAAUGCCAGGGAUUGUAAAUCAUCAUUCCAAGAGAUAUGUUGCUCUGAAAGUAAUGUAUUUUGGUCAGAGGUUUUAUGGUUUUGCUUCAGAAGCACAAAUGGAACCAACUGUUGAGUCGGAAAUUUUCAAUGCUCUUGAGAAAACCAGGCUUUUGGUUGCUGACAAGAAGGAAUCACAGUACUCGAGAUGUGGCCGAACAGAUAAGGGGGUUUCCUCUGUUGGGCAAGUGAUUGCUCUAUAUUUAAGAUCAAAGCACAAGGAAAAUAGGACAGAUUGCAAAACUUCUGGAGAAACAGCACAACAAACUGAAGGGGAGAUUGAUUACGUAAGAGUGCUUAAUCGAGCCCUUCCAAAAGAUAUUCGAAUUAUCGGCUGGUGUCCUGUUCCAAUUAAUUUCAGUGCAAGGUUUAGCUGCUUAAGCAGAGAAUAUAAAUACUUCUUUUGGAGAGAAAAUCUAAAUCUCUUGGCAAUGGAGAGUGCAGGAAAGAAAUUUGUAGGGGAACAUGACUUCAGAAACUUCUGUAAGAUGGAUGCACUAAAUGUACACAACUAUAGGCGGCAUGUCACCUCAUUUGAAGUUUCUCCUUGUGAUAUGAGGUAUGGAGACAAUCAACUUUGUGCCAUUAAAAUUCGAGGUACUGCUUUUCUAUGGCACCAGGUCAGGUGCAUGGUUGCUGUCCUGUUUAUGAUUGGCCGAGGUCUUGAAUCUGAUGAGGUGAUAGAUGCAUUACUGGACACUGAAAGGACUCUGAGGAAACCUCAGUAUAUCAUGGCUCCUGAGAUUCCAUUGGUUCUUCAAUCCUGUGAAUUUGAUGAUCUCAAAUUUACUUGUUCAUUUGAUGCGGGACAAGCUCUGCUUAUGCAUUUGCAGAAUGAAUGUCAAAUGUAUCAACUCCAAGCUGCAAUUUAUCAUGAGGCACUUUUGAGUUGUUUGCCAUUAGAUAAUGAUCUGAGUUUAUUGAAAAAUGGAACAAACAAGAAGAAGGCUUCCCAUGUGUCCCUUUUUUCUCGACCAACUGAGCCAUCAUAUGAAGAGCGACGUGCUAAAUUUGACUCAAGGAAAAGUUGAAGAGCUUAUUUACUUACAGUUGGAAAAGUUGAGGAGCUUAUUUACUUGCAGUUUGAGUUGACCUAUUGAAGUAUUCUCGGUGUACUAAAAACGUCAUGUUUUCCAAACCCUAAUCACAAAGUGGUUAAGGUAUUUGUUUAAACUGAGAGUUGAAGGGUUUCAGCUCUCAUUUGAUCAUUUAUUGUAAAAUUUUAUCAAGUUUGUUGUUUAUCAAAUUCAAAGAUUGUUGUUGUUUA